AUUAUGGGAUGACUGGAACGGCCGGAAACGCCGGCCUUGUGGACGGUCGUCUUCCGAUUCAAAAAGCCACAGGUGGACACGAUAUAACGCGUUCGUCCACGCUCGUCAGCCAUGGACGUAUUCAGAUAAUAAUCAGUGCUGAAGGUGAGCCGCAUGGAUGCGCUCAGUGCGAACACGUAGACUGUAUAUAUACGGAUUCCUUGGCCCGCGCACACCAUACACCAUUCUUUUGGGGAAGAGACCAACUUUUCUCGGACCAAUAGAUCGGAAAAGGUUUGUCACAACGGUAGAUACGAGACAUGUGGGUUUUACUAUUCCGCCAUGUUACUCGUAUAUUAGCUUCUUGCGCAGGGAUGUCUGUUGGGAUUUUCCCGAGUCGUUGGGGUUGGGGUACCUGUGUGGCGAUGUCAGCGACCAUAGUCUUUGGUUUCUUUACGUUAUCCGGCGGUCAGCGUGUCCAGACUACGAAACCGGAUGGAUCGUCGAAGACUUAUCAUUGUUUUCCAUCCAACGACACCCCACUUGCGGAUGAUACUAUUGCGUUUGUACUUGCAAGGGCAUAUAUUCCUCCAUCAAUUCCAAAGGACGCCAUCUUACUGGAAGCAUCGAAUGUGGUCUCCGUCCCGGGUGAUCCAUCCAGUGAGGAGUAUGAGUCGAGGGUUCCGGAUAGCCCUUGGCCAUAUGUUUUUGGUCUGGGAACUGUAUCCUCUCGCGCGGUAACUCUCCCAGAUGGUGUCUCGAAGGCUUUUUUAGUGGGUCAUCUGAUUAUGUUCGGGAUGCCAAUAUGACAUCCACAGUUGUUUGUACAAUUGAUAGUUCUCAUCCUCGGUGGAGAAGGAUGCCCAUUCCCAACCAGAACUCGAUGGUCCUUUAUUCAGGCCACUUCAGUGGCGCGGCAGCUGGGGGUAGGAUCACCGUGG